GGCCCAGGAAGUGACGGCCUAGCCCGCGGAGUCAGUGGAGUCGGGGGCACCAGCCGCGGCCUUGCGUUCCCGGGCUCUGGGCGAUGGAGAACGGGGAGGUCUACAGAGCCACCACCGAGGCGCACCCGGGCCCUGGCAGAGGCCCCCGGAGCGGCCUCGCCGCCUACUUUACCCUGAGCCGGCUCACGGGGUUCCGGCGACUCAAACUGCUGGAGCUGGUGCUGUCUCUCCUGGCCUUCAUCUGUGAGGAGGUGGUCUCGCAGUGCACCUUGUGUGGGGGACUCUACUUCUUUGAGUUCGUCAGCUGCAGCGCCUUCCUGCUGAGUCUGCUUAUACUGAUCGUGUACUGCACGCCGGUGUACGACCGAGUCGAUCCCGCGAAAGUCAAGUCAUCGGAUUUCUUUAUUACUCUGGGCACAGGACUGGUACUCCUGGUGGCAUCCAUCAUUUUCGCUUUGACACAUGACAAUACUAUAACCGAAAUUGCAGCAAUUGUGUUUGGAUUUCUAGCAAGUCUUGCAUACCUGACUGACUUCUCCUUUAUGCUCCGUGAAAAAUGUAAGGAGCCACAGCAGAGAAAAGGGGACGCCGUCGUGAGGAGAGAGUACACCGAACCUUUGAAUGCUUAGAGACUUGAGGGGAUGGGUGUGCAAGGUUGCCGCCGCGGGGUGCAGCAGCUUCUGUAGACCCUGGGUCCUUGUUAAACCGCUGAUUUUUGGAGAGCAAGGCAGGACGGCAGUUUGAUCAGUAUUGAUUGGACUGUGCAUCAGUCACCAUAAAUAAGGCCAGAGGGCUUUAAAAAAAUUUUUUUUAUAACAGUUGAAACUUGUGUCAGAUGAAGUUUUGUUUUUGUUUGGAGGUAAGAGCAGCUGUUCCUUUAAAUCACAUAGCUCAACUGAUGAUAAAUUAUUCCAUCAUUGUUACUAGGGUUAGCUUUCAAAUUAUGCUUUAUAGCUGUAUAAACAGCGUGAUGAAGUUCAUCCAUUUAUAAAUGGUUUCACUUUUAAUUUGCUUAGCUGUGACUUUGCUUUUUGAUGACUAGAUACAGUUUAAUGUGUAUUUAAGAGAUCAUUAUUUUAAAUGUUGGUCUAGGUUUUUUCCUUACACAUGUAAAACCCAGGCUUUUGCCAUAUCUCACUCUGCCUUAAAAAUUAUACUGGAACAUUUUAGGAUAUAAUUACUAACUCUGAGACCUUUUAUAGCCUAAUAGAAAAUGUAUGGGAGAUGCUGAUAUUUUACAUGUUAUAGAAACAACAGUGUCAGCAACCCCAUGUAAAAGUACACAUAGAAAAAUGGAAGAAACUGCUACCCUAACUAAGGACCAAAGAUCAGAUCCAUCUUGCACAGUGCAGUUGAAAGCAAUUGUAAAGCAGGCCUUCACCACUCGUGUCUGGAGAUGAGUUCAUACUAUGAGACAGAAAAUGGUUCAUUCCUUUUUGCCACACGAUUAUUUCUCCUGAAAUUCAGCUUCUGUUCAGUGUUUUUUUUGGAGCCCAUCUUAUUUUAAAGCCUCAACAUCCGAUUUUCUAUUUGAGAGCUUCCCCGCUCUGUCUCCUUAGCAGGAUGGACCAGGUGCUGCUUCAGUACCUGCAGCGGUGGGCCUGGGGCUCUGGCUGCCUUGAGGCCAGCUUCUCCAGAUUCCCGGGCAUUCAUAGCAGAUCUUAGGGUUCUUGUUCCCACACAGACAUUGCCCUAGUUUCUCUUCAGAGGAGACCUUAAGAAAGGGAGUGCCCAGUUCAGCUGUCUUAGAGCCAGCCAGGGCACUUUGAAUGAGACUGUUCUUAAAGGAGGUCUUUUUAUAACAGCAGCUUUCUAACCAAGUGCUUCACAGGCUAGACCUUUCUUGUCCUCCUGUUAAGAGUUUUCACUCAAGACUCCAGAGUGGACUUGUGUUUCCAGUGAGAUAGGUUAAUGGCCCAUCCUCCUCUCCUCUCUCACCUGCCACUGUGUCAUGGAUUGGUUUCAGACACAGAUGCCCAAACACGACCUCUGCUGCCUUCCUGAUGCAGAACCUCAUCUGUUGGUGUCAGUUUGGUUGCUAGUGGCAAAGUCACCACUGCCUGCUCAGGUCAUGGAACCAGCCAAGGAUGUGUGUGUGUGUUCGCAGGGUGUGCUAAGUAAGGGAGGAGAGGGGGCUUAGGUCUACCCUGGGUUCAGAGAUUACCACAGGCUGGUUGGCAGGCUCCGCUGUCCUUUGAAGUAUUGUCUCCGCCCAGCAGGCCGCCUGGGCCCACUUGGGGUGCCCGCUCGGGGUCCCCACACGGGAGGCUGAGGGAAUGGCCCCAGCAGGCCGGUGCUCAGCGGAAGCGCUCCUUGUCCCCAGGUUUCACUUCACUCGUUUCAUUGGUGCAGAGGGGAGCUCCUGGCCGGCCACCCAAAGAUACGACCUUCACUGGUAUUUCAGGGCAUCCUAGAACCUUCACCAUUUUUUUUUUAAAAACAGGACCCACGACUAAUUAGCCUCCAUCUGCUAUGGUAGGAGUUAGGAGUAAAAAGAUCCUUGUGGUCAAUAAAAAUUUCAAGGAGAACGUGAGACCAAAGCCACUGUUACAUAAGCAGACCUUUGAGAACGGUUCUUUUAAAAGGGAAAAGGACAUACAGUACAGAGAUUUAUAACUGCUAUACUUAAAUUAUGUUCUGUAUGGGGGCCGGGGAAGGUAUUUUUACAUUGUUUAUAGCCAAUCAUUUUUAUAUUUAAUAAUUCCUGUGGGCCUUAUGUUGUCUCUGUGUCAAAUUUUGUAGUCUUUUAAAAUAAAUCCACUUUAUUGUUCAUA